AUGGCGAUAGGAAGGACAAAGAGUCAAGUGUUUGGUUAUAUCAAAAGUGCAGUCACCAAAAAGCUGAAAGGUUGGACAACUAAAAUGUUGAGCAUGGCUGGGAAAGAAAUGCUUAUCAAAUCAGUGAUACUAGCGAUACCAAACUAUGCAAUGGCUUGUUUCAAACUGCCAAAAGGACUGUGUGUGGACAUUUGCAAGAGUAUAGCAAAUUUCUGGUGGGACAGUAAUGAGCAGGAAAAGAAACUUCACUGGAUUAGCUGGAAGAAGCUAGCUGAUGUCAAAGGAAAAGAUGGGCUGGGAUUUAGGGAUUUGGAAGCUUUUCAUAAAGCUUUACUUGCUAAGCAACUUUGGAGAAUCAUUUGCUAUCCAAAUCAGCUUAUGAGUAAAGUGAUAAGAGGGAAGUAUUUAAAAGAUCAUAAAUCCUUGGAUAACCAGCCUUUUGGUCUUGGAAAAGCAUACGUAGUGCAUGAAGUUUUUUGGAAGAAGGAUUAUGGAAGAGAGUGGGGGAUAGAACACAGGUGA